CGGCAGCGGCAGCAGGAGCGGCAGCAGCGGCGGAUACGGGAGCGGGGGUCACGAGUCAGUCAAGCUCCCGCGCGUUCUUCCUAGAAUAAAAUGUUAAUUUCCAUGUGGCAGUACCUGUAUCGGCAUUUUUUUCGAUUUUGGAUGAAGUGGAUUUUUCGAAUGGUCACCAGAAAAUGUGAACUGCAGCGAAUCUGUGAAGGUUUUGUUGGUGGAGAAAGAACACACAAGAUAGAAAAUGCUUUGGCCCUCUCAAAGAAUCAGGUUUUACAAAAUGCCACAUCUGUCAAUCACAAUGAAGUUGAAGAAUGUGUAGAAGAUAUAAUGAAAGAAAAGAAUAUUAAACCAAAAAAGGACAGACGGUUUAAAAUCCGCAUGAAAGCAUGUUUAUUGCAGAUAUCUGGCUAUAAGCAGCUCUAUCUGGAUGUUGAAAAUGUGAGAAAAAGUCCUUAUGAUUCUAAUAACCAGCACCACGAGGAGCUACUAAUGAAGCUUUGGAGUCUGCUGAUGCCUCAUGAAAAACUGAAGGCUAGAAUCACCAAGCAGUGGUCUGACAUUGGUUUCCAAGGUGAUGAUCCCAAAACAGACUUCAGAGGCAUGGGCUUGCUGGGAUUAGUCAAUCUUGUGUAUUUUAGUGAAAAUUAUACCAAUGAAGCUCAUCGGAUUCUAAGUCAUUCAAAUCAUCCAACUUUGGGAUAUUCCUAUGCAAUAGUUGGGAUCAAUCUAACAGAAAUGGCUUAUAGUUUAUUGAAGAGUGAUGCUUUGAAGGUUCAUUUCUAUAACUCUGUUCCUAGUAGUCCAACAAUGGAACACUUUCAUCAAUUUUAUUGCUAUCUCUUCAGUGAGUUUGACAAAUUUUGGUUUGAAGAAGAACCAGAAAGCAUUAUGUAUUUCAACCAGUAUAGAGAAAAAUUUCACGAAAAAAUUAAGAGACUUCUGUUGGAUUACAGAGUAGUACUUACUUUAAAAAUAUGAACAGUCCUGCGUAUCUUCUGAUUCCUACCAUGUUUUGCACACAAAAUUGAUUUUCUAUGUUGUAAUGGAAUUUCUCUGACCAAUUUCACUUGAAACUUAAAUGAUGUAACUUUUUAUACAUAAUUUCUUACAAAAAUUCCAGAAAUCCUCUUUAAGUAAGCUAGUGGACAAUCAGUGUGUGUUUACAGUUAUUUAUACACUACACUCCAAAGGUAAGUUGCCCUUCCAAAGAUCUCCUCUAUAGGGUCAUGUGAUCUAUAGCUGGGGACUUGGGACUGAGCCCUUUUGGCCAAGAAACAUAAAUCAGGUAUUUGUACUACAGCAGGCUGAUUACAUUGUAAAAUCACGACCUUUUCUCUUAUGCUGAAGACUGUCAGGUAGGUAGCAACAAGAAAGUCGUUUUAGGAUAUUUUUUAGAAAUUUGUAUUCCUAUUCCUUUUCCUCAUUUUAUUUUUUUGGUGAUAAACAACCAAAGUAGUGUAAUAGGUUGUUCUUUGCCAUUAGUUUCCCAUUAUACUUCAGAAGGUGUCAUUAUUGGAAGCAAAAAGGAGGAUUAAAAAUCAUUUCUUGCUUGGCUUACUGACAGUUCAUAAAAUAUCCUUCAGAAUAAAAGUAAUUGGUAUUUGUAAGAUUUUUCCCUCCACACACACGUGAAAAGUAUGUUACUUUGCUUGGAGCUCAAAAGGAUUUUCUGAUCUUCAGAAUCUGAUUAAUCCCUAAAUCGUGAGUAUGUGGUCUUUGUAGAUUAUUUUUUUCAUAAACCCUCCUUUUUAUCUACAUAUGUAUAUGAAGUAACUUAUUGCCAAGAAAAUCUUUGUCAUUAUAUGUGAAAUAACCCCAAACUGUUCUUGAGACUUAAGUGAGGGAUAACAGCUUCAUAUCUUUGGAGCCCUUUUUAAAGCAUUAGUCAAUUCAUGUAGGUUAAUGUGAAAACUCUUGCUCUAUGGUUUAGUUUCAUUUUUAGGCUCUUUUUGGCAAAGUAUAUGAGACCUAGACGUUACAAAUAAUCUCUUAAGUAAUAAGUCUGUGUGGUAGCUUACUGCAGUGUGAGGACUGCAAAGAAGAUUGUGCAGGUGGUUCCACCUUGCUUCUUGUUGAUUUCAUGAAAUAGCAGCUGCCGUGGCAAGCUCUUCAUGGUGGAGAUGCCCUUUACUUGACAGGGAGAAUUUUUCUGUCAGUCCUUUCCAAAUAUUUCAGACUUUAGCGCUUAAGGCAUCUAAGCCAAAAAGGCUUGAAAGAUAGGAAGUUUAUCUUACUUAGUGCUCCUUUAUAAUAGUAUGAAAGCCAGCCUAUUAUGAGCUUGGUUUAUGUUGAAGUACAGUAUUAGCACUUUUUUUUUGUCAUAUGGUACACGAGAAGUGUUUAAAUAUCCUUUUCUUUCUCUGACAUAUCAAGGAACGAAACUUUCAAAUAUUUGUUCUUUCAUAUCUGUUUACAAAUCUCUCUUUAUGCUUGUCAUAGAGAGAAUUAAUAGGAAGUAACUGGAUUGGAAAGUAGCAGAUACAACAUAAAUAUCACACACAUUUCACUGUGCAUUCAACAAAGUAACUAUUUUCUUACUUAGAUAAAUAGAAUUAUUUUUUUAAUUUGAUAAAAUUUUAUUCUGAUGCACUAGGGAUGCAGAAUUCACACUAUUCUGAAUACUUAGCGUUGAUUUUCUGUAAGGAGAAAUAAAAUAUCUUGUUGGAAAGGAAGUUCUCCAUUUUCAAAGAAUAGGAGUGAUAACAAAAACUGCUAAGCUAGAAAUCCAAAAUACAAACACAACAGGGUUCUAACAAGGAGCAUAGACGCGAGGAAUAAUUUAAGUAUAACUCAAAGGACAUGUGAACUAUAUACUUUGUGGGAAAACAACUGUCAUUUCUUCAGUUCUCAUGAAAAUUUGCAUAUUCCCAUUUUAAUCGUUUAUUUGGACAGAGCUUUUAACUGGCUUCAUGCUCUGCCAGUAUGCUUACUGAAAAGAAAAGGUUUGUUGAAGUAGGGAAGGGUACAUUUUGUGUAAACAGAAUUUUUCUCUUUGUAACUGAUUUCUUCAGUUCACCUCAAUGCUGUAUUACGUACAGCACAGCAUGGAUUUUUUUUUUCCAUCAUAAAAUAGUCAGGUUGCCAUUUAAUCGAGUAUUAUUGGUCUAAAUCAAGUGUUGUAAAAUUCACUAGACCAGAAGCCACUCCAAGUCAGGCUUCAAAAACUAUAAAUUAAAAUGCAAACUGAACAUUCUAAUUGUACAUGCAUGAUGAUGGCAUACAUCAGAUAAAAAUGGAGUAUACUUAUAUAGAUUUUCUAAUUUAUGAUGAAACCUUUCUUCCUGCCUUCUCUUGAUUUUCAAUAUAUGUAAAGUACAAUUUUAUGCUGUUGUUUUUGUACCAAUAUUUGGGAUAGUUUAUCUGUUUCUAUAAGAAUGACUGUAAUGCCAAAGUAGUCUAGAUAUAUGAUUGUAGUAGCAGGGUAAUUAAUUAUGUGUACUGGUUUAGAAUAUCAAACAAAUGAAUCAUUGCUUUAAAAAAUUUGUGCCAGGGUGAAGGGUAUUUGCCAGUGGCAAGAAUAUUCUGCAGAUGUAGCUUUUGGGGUUGUAGUGUGUAUGUAUUCUGAAAGACAAUCUUUCAACAAAUGGGCAAAAUCUGGAGUUACGUUGUUAAUCUCAGUACUAGUCUCUUUGCAUAUCAGUAUGUGACUUUGCUUGAUAAAAAAAAUUAUUCAUUGCUAUCAUUUUAUUAAAAUGAUAUGGAAAAUUGAAUAAUUUCUUGGAAAUAUUCCUGCUCUGAUUUUUUUUUCAAUUUAAAACACUUUGAAUUUUAACUUAUUUCUAAUUAAAAUAUAUGAACUCUUUAAAAAUAUUUUAUUCUAACUGCUCAUAAGAGUUAUUAUUUUUACCUUCCAAAAAGCUCUAAGCAAUAUUAAAUAGGCAUAACUAUGAGAUAUGUUUGAAAGAAAGGGCAUUUGCAUGAAUAGUAACAUCAUGGUAAUAGGGUACAACUCUCAGAAUGUGAUAUAGGAAGUUUCUUUUUUAAAUCAUAGAGAAUUGAAGAAUAGAAGAUUACCUUUGAGGAAUACUGAGUAGGCACUAAUUUAAAUAUUGUUCCAGGUCUAAUCCAAGUGUUGUAAUUCUAGAGUUAUGUUUGUGCCAUUCUCAUUUUUUACUUGUCUCCAAGUAAGUUUAUGGAGGUUAAAGUUUCAUCAACACUACAAACCUCUUCAUGCAAAUUUUUUAUUAGGAAGAUUUCAUUAAUGGUAUUCUUGAAACAUGAGACAAAUUACAACUUGAAUUUCUACUGAGAAAAAAAAAGAAUGUUGUCUAGGUUGGGAUUCUUAAUUAUGUAGCUGCAAUGUUGCUACAUAAUGCUAGGAUGAAUCUGUUUUUUUUUUCCUUCCAAACAGUGAACUCCCAAGAAUAAUAAUGUCCCUGCUUUCCCUAGAAACAGUCCACACUAUAGCAACCUGUAGAAAAUUAGAAGUGGGAGUUUUGGAUGGAAGAUGGGACAGUUACCCCUCUUAACAUCAUGUAAAAGCAAUAGUGUAAAUUGUGCUGUGUCGUUUUUUUUUGUUUGGAAUAUGUUAAUGGAGCAAAUAAAGACCACACUGUUUAAGAGUACUUGGUUAAUAAUUGAAUAGCUCUUGCUGAUAGCCAUUCUGUUGGUUGCAUUACUUCUCCCAUUCCCCUUCCUCCUUUGAAUGUGAACACACUCAAGUGUCAAGGUAGAGCUAGGCACCUUUGAUGUUCUUUGCAUGGAUAUGUUCAUGCCUCCUUUUCUGUACCUUUUUCCCCUUCUGGCAUCCUUCCAUUCAAUUAUUUGCACCUAAUAUAAAGUGUUAAAUGAAUU